AUGACGCCUUUCCGGCUGAUGCGCACGCUCUUGCCAUCACGCCUGCGCAUUGCUAAUGCCACACCCACGUCCGCGGUAAUCUUCCCCGCCGCCACGCCCACACGCCAUUGCGGAAACCCACGAGACUGCCUACGCAAUUGCCGCUGCUUUGCUGAUGUUCAACACACUCAUGCAUCGAAUAGAAAUGUCUGGUUCAGUAGCGCCGCUCCUCGCAGCUCAUCGUUCGCGAAUCAGCAUUCAGAUCACAAACCUCCGGAUGAGCGAACGCUGCAGUUAGGGAAGACAGUCAGAAUCUUGCACGAGCGGUUACCGACACUGUUGAAGGAACCUCUUCCUUCAGAGGUUCUUUCUCCACAGAUCACACUUCAUCUGUUUCCAUCAACACACCCUCAUUUGCCGACUGUUUCGGGACGAUUGGCAUACAUCGCAGCGCUAUGGACUGCUCCAGUCGCGUGGGGACGAGUACCUCUUAUCGGCAAUGUCAACCUAGUCAUCACAUCCGAACGCAUGAUUAGAAAUGGCGGAAGCUCCCAACCCCUUGCGAAUCGAGAAGAGAAGCUGGUCGUCAAGUGGAAGACUUGUGGCAAGACAUCACAUCGAGAUGGAACGGGCGGUAUUUAUCGCGGCAUGGGCAUCGCAGCAAAAGACCCUAUGGAUAGGAUCCUGGACUUUGUCAAUGGUAGCGCGAAGGGAAAGAAUGAGAAGUCACCCAAGGCGGAAGAGUUCUGUGGGAUCUUCGUGUUCGAGUUUGACGAAAAGGGGAGGGUUGUAAAGCAUGUUAUAGAGCAUGCUGAGGAAGGCGGUGAUUGGGAUCGAAUGACUCGCGUGGUCUCUGUUACGGACUGGCUAUUGGGAGUGUUCAAUGGCAAGAAGAAGGAAGAGGAAAUGUCUCUUGCGUGGUGUGAGGAGAGACCUAGUGCUGGUCCAAUUAGAUUGAUGGAUCGGAGGUGA